GCCUCGCCGCACUCGAGGUGUCGGUCGCGAGAGUCGCCUUUUGGCGUCCUUGGCGGCAGCUGGAACCUGGCAGCGCUCUCUCCAAGCUCGCGCCAUGCUGCUGUUGGCUCUGGGUGGCCGGUGGGCAGCGGGACUGCGGCCCGGCGGAUGGAGGACUCCCUGGUGUGCGGCCGCCGCGCUCCGAGGUUCCGGGGUCGCCUUGUGGCGUGCGGCCUCCCGCGACGAGCCCGCGCGACUACUGAGCGGCGGACUCCUGCGGGGAGUCCAGCCUGGCCCACGAGCCGGGGGAGCGCAGAUGCCCGUUUUUUGGGAGCGAUGUGUUCGAUGUGCACACACACAGUUUGAUAAACCAGAAGAUGGAAGGCUGAUUUAUACUGGGAACCUGGCCCGCACAGUAUUUGGUGUGAAAUGUUUCUCUUAUUCUACAAGUGUGAUCAGCCUUGCAUUUUUACCGUAUCUUUUUUCACAAAGUAAUGUGACGUUUGGAAGUCUGCCUCUGCAAAUCUUAUUUUAUGGAAUCAUGGGAACCUUCACAGUGAUCACGCCUAUGCUGCUUCACUUCAUUACAAAAGGCUAUGUCAUUCGGUUGUACCACGAAGCCAAAAGUGACACUUACAAAGCCAUCACUUACAAUGCUGUGCUUUCGGAAACCAGCACGGUGUUUCAUCAAAAUGACGUGAAGAUUCCAGAGAGCACACAUCUAUUUACCACCUUUUAUGCAAAAACAAAGUCACUGUUAGUUAAUCCAAUGCUCUUCCCAAACCCUGAUGACUAUAACCAUCUAAUGGGUUAUGACAAACCAUUCACUUUUGAUGUGGAAGAAGUCAAUGAAAAGAAACUGCAUGAGGAUGAAAAAUGAACCUAUUCUGUUUUGUUUACAUGCCAUGUAUAUUUCAGUGUGUAAUAAGAUUGCCUACAUUUUGUUAUUGUUAGUGAAUAAUUGUUUUUAAAAAAAAUACAGUUUAAAGCCCGAAGACAGUGCAGUUGGUAUAGUGUUUGCCUUACAUGAGGUCCUGGGUUUGACCCUCAUCAUAUAAGUAGGUAUGCUUGUGUACACCAGUAACCCCAGCACUUGGAAAAUGGAAGUAGGAAGACCAGAAAUUUGGGAUCAUCCUUGGCGAUUCUAGUAGGUUUGAGUCAGCCUGGACUGUGUAAGACCCUGUCUUAAAACAGAAUGUUGAUCUGGGUGGCUCACGCCUUAAAUCCCAGCACUCCAGCGGCAGAGGUAGGUGGAUGUCUCUGAGUUUGAGGCCGGCCUAAUCUAAUAGAGUUCCAGGACAGCCAGAGCUGUUAACACAGAGAAACCCUAUCUUAAAAAAACCAAAACAACAACAACAAAAAACCCACCAAAGACCUCAAAAGUUGAAACUAUCAAGCAGAAUUUCUGAUUAAUUUUCAGAUAAUGAUGUUCCCAUGUAAUAAAAUACAUUUAA